GUCACUUGACUUAAAUACAACCACUCUGAGGUGUGUAUUGCUUGUAACCACAAGGUGAAAGUCCAUUUAGCUAUUUGAAUCAACAUGAGGAUGAAAAGGAAAAGUUGUAAUUUCAAAAUAAUCAUCAGUAUGGAUUAUUGUGUCGUUGUGAACACUAUGCUGAAGUCAGUGAAUUACAACAGUAACAACAUGUUUUCUUUGACAAUUGGCUAAAGUAUUCAAUUUGUUAAACAUAUUAUCAGCAAGUGUUUAUAGAAAGCACUGAAAGGGAUACAUGUCAUAUCGGAUACCUUCAGGGAGAAUCUCAACCGUGCCUCACGCCAGCCUCAUAGGAGAAUCUCAGCCGUGCCUCACGCCAGCCUCAUAGGAGAAUCUCAGCCGUGCCUCACCUGCCAGCCUCAUAGGAGAAUCUCAGCCGUGCCUCACGCCAGCCUCAUAGGAGAAUCUCAGCCGUGCCUCACGCGAGCAUCAUAGGAGAAUCUCAGCCGAGCCUCACGCCAGCCUCAUAGGAGAAUCUCAACCGUGCCUCACGCCAGCCUCAUAGGAGACUCUCAGCCGUGCCUCACGCUAGCAUCAUAGGAGACUCUCAGUCGUGCCUCACGCCAACCUCACAGGCGAAUUUCAGUCGUGUUUCGAGUAAGCCGCGCUGAAAAAAUUGCACAAAUAUAUAGUCCCGUUGUCCAUGUACAUUCCCAUCAUGGAACAUGAGCCUGUGCCAUGUACAUGUAGAGGUCUCUCAGUCUUCUGCAAAGAUGGACAGAUAUUUUGGUCCUCUUUGUCUAUAUCAACGACCAUACUUGUUGUGCUGAGCCUUUUCACCUUUCCCCAAGUGUACCAGGGAAAGAAAUUUACGGAGCAGGAGAUCGUCUACACGACUGCUGUUUUCGCCGUGUGUCUGGUGACAAUAGCAGCAGCCAUCACCUGUCGAAUGUACGGUCAUAAAAUGGAUAAGACAACCACAAAGGGCGGCAACAACAAAAACAACAUCAGAAGGAUGAUGCAUAAGUUAAAUGAGCUCUGUGCUGGUAUCUUCCAAACCGUCCUGGGAAAACAGAAGAAGAGGACAGUGCUUGCUGAAGUGACCGUCUAUCAACGAUCGUCUAAAAUGGCGCCAGAAAUCGCAAGUCCUGUUGUAAGUACAUUAUACAUUCCGAUGUCACCGUCAACGUUCGUCUGACUACAUGAAGAGAUUCCAAUACUUGGUCGUCCGGUCAACCAACAAUUUCUUAUCCUUUGCAAAGCUUUGCAUACUAGUUGCUGUCAUGUUUUAAAGGCGUAUAUGAAGUCUGAGAUGGAUGGAGACACUAAUUUAAACACACAUAAGUCAGAUAUCAUACGCCGUAUGGGAUUGUAUGGCUGUGUCCGUAUCACAUGUAUACGUUGAUGUUACGUGAAUAUGAUACACAACUGUGAAUAUCAUAUAGUUCGCUGGGUAAAGAUGAUAUACAUAUUUUGUUGUUGGGUAAAUACGAUACUUUAAUAUAGAUAAUUUGAUUGUUGGGUGAAUAUAAUAUAGAUACAUGUAUUUGGUCGUUGGGGAGGUUUUUGGCAGUUGGGUGAAUAUAAUAUAGAUACAUGAAUUUGGUCGUUGGGGAGUUUUUUGGCAGUUGGGUGAAUAUAAUAUAGAUACAUGUAUUUGGUGGUUGGGGAGUUUUUUGGCAGUUGGGUGAAUAUAAUCUAGAUACAUGUAUUUGGUCGUUGGGGAGUUUUUUGGCAGUUGGGUGAAUAUAAUAUAGAUACAUGAAUUUGGUCGUUGGGGAGUUUUUUGGCAGUUGGGUGAAUAUAAUCAAGUUAUUUGGUUGCUACGGGAAUGUCUAGGAUACAUUGGAAUCAAUACAAGGUUGUUGGAUAAAUUUCGGUUGUUAGAUAAUAUGUCUAUUGUAUAGAGGUAGUUCUAUAUAAGAGUCAUAUCAUCCAAUAAUUAUUGUACUUCAGUAAAUAAUUUUCAAAAAUAAUGCAUUGGUUAAUAGAUGUCACGUGAUGACCCACCAACUUCUUAAGAGGGUCAAUAUCACUUUAGAGGAAAAACAUGGCGACGUCUAUGUCCAGAAAAUAAAAGUUUCACAAACAGUAAUUUCCAAGUACAGUCUCGAUGUUUCUCAGUCAAUACAACAUGGUAAGGUAAUGCGAGUUGUCUUCCCUAGUUUAUGUAAAAUAAAUGGAAAAGUCUUAAUGUUACAACGUCAGUGACUGUCAACAUGGAGCGGUUUGGCACACAGCAGAACUGAAUACAAAAAAUGCAAAAUAGCCUAUCAACAAAGAGUUAAUAAAAAAACACGCUGUCAUGUCUUUGUAGGAUAAAAAAGCGGGAAAAGGUGGAAUGCCCAUUUCGAAGAGCAUGUUUGUAUAACGGUUAUAUGGAGGUCACCACUGACAGCUCUAAACUGUUUUCAUUCCAGACAAAAAAGUUAAAAGAUGCGAUAAAUUUGUAUUCUAGCCGAGAUUACAGAAUUAGAAUACGUAAUGUAUACAUGAUGAAUCUUACUGACGUAGUGUAGCCAGUUAUCAUGCCAUACAACACCAAGUCCGGUAUUUACACAAUAUGACAAUACAAGAUGUUGUAGCCAGUACAUUCGGCUAACCUCGGCCGAUUCUACGUUGGAAGGAACUGGAAUCGGGGCGAGGUGUUCCGAAUGUCUAACUAGAUGUAGAUCUGCCGAGGUGUGCCGAAUGGUAGCCAGUAGUCAAGACUCCUUUUUGGCUGGAACUUUAUCGAUUGCUAUCUACUCAUCAUAUCAACGAAUUGCAAAAAGAAAUAAUACAUUAUCCCAGUAACAAAAAACUCCGUUUUGACCGAAAAUCAACGGCUCUUAUCCACUAAUAGAUUGAAAUGAGAAUAUGUUUUAGCGCUAUUUUACUCUAUGAUAAUGUGAUUUUAUUAUUCUGUCCUUAAAUUCGUUUUGUCCACAAUUGUUAUUAGGUUCACAUUUUCAGAAAUUGAACAUGUAUACGGUAUAACAACGAGUAUGUCGUGCUGAACAUAUUAACUGCAUAUGAAGAAUAACUAUAAGUAUGAAAUGAAUGCAAUACAACAAGUACCCAUCUGACGUCAGAGAUUGCAGUCGUUUAUUGCACGAUAGGAUCUUUGUCCCUCGUGCUGUCUAAGACAUCAUAUGAACACGUGUGUUUAGCAGUAUUUCAUAUAAAUUACUGUGAACUACGUAUUUUUGCGGUAGUCUUAUACUUAUAUUCUCCAACAAAUCAAUUUACAUUGUAUUUAAACUGUGCGCUGUAUAUAGGCAUAUUACAAUUAUAUGCAGAACUUAUUCACCUAUCAAGACUUUAAAGAUGACAUAAUAGAUACUGUAACGGUACCUAUUUAACAGUAGUCUUAAUUUAGCGCUUUUCGCGCUUUUUAUGUUGUGCUAAGUCAUCAAUGCGAAAUGAACACAGGGCUCAUAUUAAGGAAAAUUCCGUGUCGCCAAUUGGUUCUGGUAUGAAAAUAUUGUGUCGCCAAACUGAGUUUUUAUGUCGCCAAUUGUUGACGCUCACACGACCUUCAGUGUAUAUUUCAGACAAAGGAUUUAUCAAGAACUAAUCCACUAUAUAUAUUCAUUCUAGUUUCUUCUUUUGUUUCAUAUGUAUUAUUAGCAGAAUGCUAGUUCAAGAGAAAAACAGAAAAGACAACAGUGUAUUCAAACUUCUAUUAUUCUCUCUCAUCAUCUGUAAUACUUUAUUUUCAUAUUUUUUUUUUAUCAAUUCAACAAUGCUUUUUAAGGUUUUCAGACUAAACAAUACUACAUUUAAUCUUCAAUUCACUUUUAUAUCCCUUCAUUAUAUAUGGGGCAAAGAAGAAAUUCCAACAGCGUGGGGUUCGUAUCCUACGGACAUACCUCCAUUAGGAUCCAGUGUUAUAUGGGAUUUUACCGUCUAUAUUACUUCUUUGACCCAUACCUUCAUUAUAUAGGUAUACAUAUUCAAGAAAUAAAUACUAUUGACAAUACUGUCUUAUUAUUUUGCUGAGCUACAAAGUCACUUAUGUCCAACAGUUUAACCCAAAACCUUGAUGCACAUGUCACAAUACUGUUAUCAUCAUCUCAUUGGGAUUUAUAUACCUUUACCACGCCUGUCAAUUUCCCGAUUUGGGUUAAAAACCUAUCAUCUUUUUGGGGGAAUGGUUUGAGGUCAACCACUGGGCGUUUGGGAACUUUUAAUGUAUCUAAAAUAUGUACUACUAAUUAACAUCUAGUUGAUGGCAAGAAAACAACAAAGGAUGAGUGUCUAUAAGGCCCUUUUUUGGCCCCGGAAUAUUCGGAUUUUCACCUCCUUAAUUUGU